AUGAAUAAUGUAAACAUAAAAAUUUAUAAUAUAGGAAAAGAAAAAUAUGAAUCAUUUUGGCUAGAUGAUAAACCAUUAGACUCCCUUAGUUAUUUCGAUUUAUGCAAAAAAUAUAAAAAAAUUAUGAAAGGAGGCGAUAUUUCAAAUAGAAUCACCGAUAGAUCUUUAUUACUUCAACAAUUUAAAGCAAUAUUAAAAAAUGAAAUUAUAAAAAGAUAUUCCAAAAAAGAUAAUAAUUAUCACAACUGUAUUAUAGUAAACUGCACAUGUCCACUUUGCCAAGAAGAAGAUCCAAAAUUAACAACAAUCCUUUCAAAAAGCUCACCCAGUUGGUUGGAUAGAUUAAAACUAGUUUUUAAUUUUUUUAAUAAAUAUUUUUCAAUUAAUAAUAAUAAUAAUAAUAAUAAUAACAAUGAUAAUAAUAAUAACCAAGAUCAAACUUUUACAAUUUAUCUUCAUAAUUCAAUUUUAUUUUCAUUUUUAUAUACUCAUAGAAAAGUUUUAAAUAUCAAUGACAAUUCAACAGAUAGUGAAAUAAAGAGGUUCAUUACAGAUACAUUGGCUUGGCACCCAAAAUAUUUCUUUUCUGGUAAAGAUGACCACAGAUUAAACGGCUGUAAAGGAUACUGGAAAAUGGCAAUACAAUCAAAAGACGAGUUUAAUGCAAUAUAUAGUUUUUCCCCAAAUAUAUCUUAUAAUGGAAAUACUAGUUUUAUAAAAUUUCUAAUAGACUCACCUAUAUUAUUAAUAAACAAGACAACAAAAAAAUUAAAUUAUCAAAAAUCAACCAAAAUCAAUAAACUAUUACUUUCAAAUAGUGAUGAAGACUAUGAAUCAGAUUCAAGUGAGGAACAUCAAGAUGUUCACAAUGUUCACAGUUCUAAAAUAUGGGGUUCCGAUAUAUCUUCUAUUUUAUACAAAAUGUCUUUGCUUCAGUCUUGGUCUGGUUUAUUGGAUGGUUUAUCAAAAGAGUCAAAAGAAUUAAUAUGGUCUACAUGCAGUUACUUUGUUAAUUUUGGAAACUAUGAUCAAAGUUCAUUUUCAAAAACAUUAUUCAUUUGGGGUAGUAAUCUUUUUUCAAAUUUACAUUUAAUAAAUAUUCUUUUUUCGGCAAUUGGGUAUUUAAAAGAAAUGAACGAAAUAGAAGGUGAUUUUUAUUAUUUAGAUUCAAAUGUCAAGGUAUUUAAAGAAUUUAUCUUUGAUGAUCAUAGUAGUGGAAGUGAAGAAUAUUAUAAUAGUAGUGAAAAUGACCUUACCUACACUGAUGAAAGUACCCACUCGUCAAGAAAUAAUUCACCAGUAAACUUUGAAAUUGAUAAAGAAUUUAAUGAAACAAGUAAUUCUAUUUCAUUUGAUAAACUAUCAAUUAGAUCCAAUUCACCUUCCUCCUUACAAUCAAUACAACAAUCUAUUUAUAAAGAAAAUACAAAUGAAAUAAUAAAUAUGUAUAAUAAUAACAAUAAUAAUCAUAAUUAUUUUAAAACAAAU